CCCGCGCCUGCGUCGUCGCCACCACCGCCGCCGUGAGUCUCGCGCGCCGCCUCUUUCCCUCCCCUCCCCAAGAUGGCGGCGGCCACCAGCGGCGAGGCGGUUUGUGGCGACGGCCCGGCGGGCGCCAAGAGGGUUCACCUGGGGAUCCCCGAAGCCAUCUUCGUCGAAGAUGUCGAUUCUUUCAUGAAACAGCCGGGAAAUGAGACUGCAGACGUAGUGCUCAAGAAACUGGACGAGCAGUAUCAGAAAUAUAAAUUUAUGGAGCUUAACCUUGCCCAGAAGAAAAGAAGGUUAAAAAACCAAAUUCCUGAAAUUAAGCAGACAUUAGAAAUCUUAAAGCACAUGCAGAAGAAAAAGGAGUCCACAAACCCAAUGGAAACCAGAUUUUUAUUGGCAGAUAACCUCUACUGUAAAGCGUCAGUUCCUCCUACAGAUAAAGUGUGCCUCUGGUUGGGGGCCAACGUAAUGCUGGAGUACGAUAUCGAUGAAGCCCAGGCGCUGCUAGAAAAAAAUCUCUCCACAGCCUCAAGGAACCUGGAGUCUCUAGAAGAAGAUCUGGAUUUCCUUAGAGAUCAGUUCACUACUACAGAAGUCAAUAUGGCUAGAGUUUAUAAUUGGGACGUAAAGAGACGGAACAAGGAUGACCCGUCCAAAAACAAAGCAUAGUUUUGCCCAAUUUUAAACAUGGUUCUGAUUUUCAAAAAACACACAAAAAAUUAUUUUUUUAUUUUAAACAAACCUUUGAGUUCAGCCUUCGACGGACUGAGUUUAGUUUUAAAUCUCAUCAGUCAGCAACAUUAAAAAAAACAGCAACCAACAACCUUUAAAUAAUAGCGAGCAAGCACCCUUUUAAUUUAUUGGCACGCCCAGUUUGGUUCCAUGCAUGCUUCCUAAUAUCACAGCUGGCUUAGCAAAACAGCCCCAGAGGGCUUGGCAUUGCAGUCCUGGGACAAUCUAACGUGAAGUGCAUUGAUGACAUUGGAGUCCAGGCCAUUCUAGCUGACCACACCUUUCCUCUUGCAAAGGGGAUUGCGUUAGUUUCAUCGCCAUAGGGGCUCGAUGAAGGAAGCCGGCAAGGGUUGGCAUGGGGCAGGACGGUGGGCGGAUACGCGGCUUGUGAGGAAGCCAGCAUUUGAGACCAGGAGAUACAGUACAACCCCCAUGUUCAUUACAGUGGUGUUUCUUUCAUUCACACGUUCCCGUUCUGAGCAGUUACUGGCUCAGCUUAAGUCUAGAUUCUUCGUGAUCCACCUGCAAUGAAAGGGUUGAGCAGCUAAAUAGCACAGUCUGGUUGUGGUCUGAUUCCAUUUCGUUUCCAUGCAAAUACCUCCCCCCCCCCGGUUCCACCCUUCCAAGUGUAUCGACUCGGGUGACAUUACAGAAGCUCACAGCCUGUCGCACCCGGUCACCUCAUCCCGCAGUCCCUUGUGUCGAGUUCAGGUGUCUUGAUGCUUGCAAAGACACCGUUGGUGAAACCGGCCCCAGACGAGGAAGGCCUUGAUUUGAGCUCCGCUUCAGCCGUUAAUGGGUCGAGUGUUAUUCCCGCGUCGCUUGUUACGAAGCCUGGCAGAAAGCGUUGCCUUGACAUCUUCGCUCGUUCCUUUCCGAGCCAGCACGAACCCGACGACGGCGGAAUGGAGUGUUUACACCACAGAGUGACUGGCAUGGCAGGUUUCAAUUCAGAAUAAAAGCUAGCGUUAUCUGUGUUCUGGUUCCGUGUAAUAAAAAAAAAAUACUUGUAAAAUUUUUGUACUUUUAUUUCAUUAUAUUAAAACACGGCAGAAACCC